CUAUCCCACACAUAAGCAAGCAGACGCUUCCACAAGCUUCCCAGGAAAUAACCCAGCGCCAGCCAGCCGGAUAACAUCCCACCAUGUGCCGAGGACUUGAACUGUUGCCAAUCACCUGUCUGGAGAGGGCGAAGGAGCUGAAAGCUCUUUUUGGAGGUUUGCUGCACAAGUCGGAUCACAGCAUCCCCGUGCAGCCCAAAAAAAGUGAAACUCACAAUGUUGAUGAGCGCCUGAAAUGGAAGGACUCGUUUGAGAAAUUGCUGUCCAGUCAAAAUGGUUUGUGCCUAUUCAGAGCUUUCCUCGUGUCCGAAUUCAGUGAGGAGAAUAUUGCCUUCUACUUAGCGUGUGAGGACUACAGGACUACCAAGCCCUCGAAAAAGUCCGUCAAGGCCCAGCAAAUCUUUGAUGAAUUCAUCAGCACCGAUGCGCCCCGAGAGGUAAACCUCGACCACGUGACGAAAGCCAUCACCAAGGAGAACAUGAAGCGGCCGACCCAGUCGUGUUUCGAUCUGGCCCAAGCUAAAAUUUACACUCUAAUGGAGAAAGACUGCUACCCCCGUUUCCUCAAGUCCUUGAGCCAGCAGAGCGGACAAGACCGGCUGAGCGACUUUAUCAAGAGCUGCGCAGCGAGCGGCCGGCAGAUGUGAUCCUCCCGGCGGAGGAGAUGAAUACGCUCAUGACGCCUAGCCGUAAGGUGCACAACGAAUACCUGAGCCGAGGAGUCAUGCCCGGGGGGUUCAGCAGACUGGAGUCCAAGCCCAAGGACAUGAAGCUGUGAGGACGCACAACGAGUUGCCCGCGAGAGACACUUGAACAAGUCCCCACGCAAAGAAGGAUGGCCACAGUAGCAUAUGAUGAAGAUAUCGUCUUGUGUUCAUUUAUUUAUUCUCUUGAAAGUAAUUGUUUAUUUAUAAUGAAAAUAAUGAAUGUUUGCUUGAGACCUGUUUGGUCAAUGUAUCUUUUUUCAAUGUGCAAAAGUCAAAUGAAAUUCACCGAAUAAAUGGAGGCAGAAAUGUCUCUGGAAUGUUCCCA